AUGAUAUCUCGAACGGCUACUUAUAUCUGCCAUCGCUGCGUAUUCCGUCAGUUUCGGUCCCAGUCUACUGGUAAUUAAGCAAUUGAACAUGGGUUACUUGUUAUGUGAGUGCUAAUUUGUAGGGCAACGCUGAAAGUGGGUCCAAAAUUUCUUGCGGAAGGGCUCCUACGUCGUGCCCAGCAACUCAGCAAUGAGCACUCCGAAUUAGAAAAGCAAUUGGCGGAUGGCUACGAUAAGAAACUUGCGACUCGAGCCGGCCAGUUAGCCUCCGUCUCUCAGUCAUUGAAAGAAUAUCAAGGUGCCAUAGCGGCAUGUUCCCAGUCCCCAUUCAUCCGCUACUAUAAUGCCGCAAUCUAACUUUUACAGGCCUUUGGAGAGCUUAAGGAAAUGCUCGCGGACCGCAACCUAGACCCUGAGCUCCGCCCGCUAGCAGUCUCAGACAUGACGUCUACUGAAUCUUCACUUUCCACAUUGGCUACAACAAUAACACAAUCCCUCGUACAGCCCCACCCGUUCGCGCACCUGUCUGCUCUGGUGGAGAUUAGGCCUGGUGCUGGAGGUUCGGAAGCAAGUUUGUUCGCGGGCGACCUUUUGAAAUUGUAUACUACGUAUUGUGCCAACAUUCGAAAUUGGCCAUUAUCAAUGGUUUCUCUGACUGCGAGCGCGGAGGGAGGUGACGGCGUUCAAGAAGCGAUAUUCGGGGUCGAAGCUCCGGGGGCAUACGAGAUAUUCCGGGGCGAGGCGGGCGUACAUCGAGUGCAGCGAGUGCCAGCCACAGAAAAACAGGGCAGAACACAUACUUCUACCGCGAACGUGGUUGUCCUGCCUUCAUUCCCCCAGGUGGAAUUAGGAGAGGGGGAGGAGGACCCGGAUAGUAUCAUCGACAUGAAGGAUGUCAGGGUCGAUGUUAUGCGUGCCAGGGGCGCUGGGGGCCAACACGUCAACACUACCGACUCGGCGGUGAGAAUGACACAUAUUCCCACGGGCAUUGUAGCUGCAAUACAGGAUUCGCGAUCCCAGCAUAAGAAUCGAGCAAAGGCUAUGAUGGUGCUGAAGAGUAGGAUUGCGGAGAAGAGGAGGGCGGAGAGGGAGGCGGAGGAGCUGGCGCUGAGGAGGAGCGUUGCGAAGGUUAAUGCUGGGCGGUCGGACAAAAUGAGGACAUAUAACUAUAUUCAGGUACGCCGGUUCAUUUCUCAGUAUAACGGAAUAGAUAUUGAUUGGGGGGGGGGGGGGUAGAAUCGGGUCACGGAUCACAGAUGCGGGUUUAGUCUACAUGACUUGCCAAGUUUCAUGAAUGGUGAAACACUAGAUUCCAUGAUUGACCAGGUACGCAAGUGGCAGAUGGAGAGGGAUGUAGAGAAUCUGGACACUAGGUGAUAGGGUAGGCUUCACUAUGUAAAUAAGGCUUAGAUUAUAUCAUAGAAAUCACAAAAAUCUAAAAGUUCUGCCUAAAG